AAUUUUCAGAAGUUUCGUAUGGGGAUGGUUUUAUAUAAAUUUAGGUUUUUCCCACAAUAAUAAAUUUAUUUUGUCUCGGUGCUCAAUAGAAGAGAUUUCUAAUAGAAGAGGAUUCCAACUAUGAAACCAUUUCUCUUUUAAUGUUUCACAUUCCUGUUACAGAUUUGUUCUCUUGUGACUCUGUUAUCCAUAAUAUGGACAGUUCUUGAGUCCUAACAUUCAGAGGUUUUCCCUCAGUACAUAGAAGGAAUGAGUAUUAAUUGGAGAAGCUUAAGGUAUUGCCACUUUAGCACUGAAGACUGGGACGAGAGGAGGUGAAACCCCACUAAAAAAAGGGACAAUGUUAGUGUGGCCCUUCCUGAUCAUGUUUAAGAAAAGUAAUGAAAAUGGUGAACUAGUGUUUCCAAGCAUAUUGGAAGGGUUAAGAGUAUACUGUCUGUCAAAGACUUCCAGCAUUUCCAGGUCCUAGAGAGGAACAAGACUGGUAACCUGCCUAUCUGUAUUUUUAAGAACCCGAGAGGAAAGCUUUAUAAUAGAACAUUAUUUCUGUGUUUAUGUAUAAGGGGUUGUUUUUUUAAAGACAGGAUAUCACUCCAUUGUCCAGGCCAGAGUGCAAUGGCACGAACCUCAUAGCUCCUAGGCUCAAGUGAUCUUCCUGCCUUUGCCUCCUGAGUAGCUGGGACUACGGGCACGUGCCCCCAUGCCUGGCUAAGUUUGUUUUUUUGUUUGUUUGUUUGAGGGGGGCAUUAUUUUGUUUUUUGUAGAGAUGUAGUCUUGCUUUGUUGCCAGGCUAGUCUCAAACUCCUGGCUUCAAGUGAUCCUCCUGCCUCAGCCUCCCAAAGUGCUAGGAUUACACCACUUGGAUUCAGCUCCUUCAUUUCCAACAUGGAAGAAACUUACACCGACUCCCUGGACCCUGAGAAGCUAUUGCAAUGCCCCUAUGACAAAAACCAUCAAAUCAGGGCUUGCAGGUUUCCUUAUCAUCUUAUCAAGUGCAGAAAGAAUCAUCCGGAUGUUGCAAGCAAAUUGGCUACUUGUCCCUUCAAUGCUCGCCACCAGGUUCCUCGAGCUGAAAUUAGUCAUCAUAUCUCAAGCUGUGAUGACAGAAGUUGUAUUGAGCAAGAUAUUGUCAACCAAACCAGGAGCCUUAGACAAGAGACUCUGGCUGAGAGCACUUGGCAGUGCCCUCCUUGCGAUGAAGACUGGGAUAAAGAUUUGUGGGAGCAGACCAGCACCCCAUUUGUCUGGGGCACAACUCACUACUCUGACAACAACAGCCCUGCAAGCAACAUAGUUACGGAACAUAAGAAUAACCUGGCUUCAGGCAUGCGAGUUCCCAAAUCUCUGCCGUAUGUUCUGCCGUGGAAAAACAAUGGAAAUGCACAGUAACUGAAUACCUAUCUCAUCAAAUGCCAGACCCUAGAAGACUCUUGCUUCUUCCUUCUACCAGUGGGUUCUCAUUUUCCUCCUAAUCUAAUUAUAGAAUGAUAAACUCUUUGUGACUUUCCAAACUGACAAGCACACUUUUUUCCUCCCCCCUUGAAUCCUCAUUUGAUGCAAGAACCCUCAUACUCAGAAGCUUCCAAAUAAACCUUUGAUAUAGAUUGCUUAA